AUGUCGGAACAAGGGGGGUUGAGGCUGUUGUUAGCUCUUAUGAAGAUCAUGUCAUGGAAUGUUAGGGGUCUUAAAAGACCUGAAAAACGGAGUAAAAUUAAAGUCUUGGCGAGGGAAAGGAAAAUCGAUGUUUUGCUGCUUCAGGAGACAAAACGAGCCAGUGUUGAUGUUAAUUUUAUAAAAUCUUUAUGGCCAAUGGAGGAUAUGGGUUUUAUGGAGGUUGAUGCUGAAGGAAGUGCUGGUGGCCUUCUUUGCAUUUGGAAUACCAACGUUUUUCAGCUGAUUGAUUGCUGUAGUUCAAGGAAUUUUAUUCUCCUUUCAGGUAUAUCUUCUCAAUCUUUCCCUUGCAUAAUAUGUAAUAUAUAUGCUCCGAAUGAUGUUUUGAAGAUGAGGAAGUUAUGGGAGUGUCUUAUUAAUUUGAAACCUUUUUACCCCAAUGCUCGGUGCUUGGGAGGUGAUUUUAAUGAGAUUCGAUUUAUGAGUGAAAUGAAGGGGUGUUUAAGAAGGGAGAGGGGUAUGAAAGAUUUUAAUAAGUUCAUAGAAAUCUUAGAGAUGACUGAUUUACCUAUGCAAGGAAGAUUAUUCACAUGGUGUAAUGCAAUGGAGGCGGAUAGGUGGAGCAGGAUUGAUAGGUUUUUGCUCGACCCUGCGUGGUUGGAGAGGUGUAAAUUUAAACAAUGGGGAUUAGCCAGAGACAUUUUUGAUCAUUGCCCAAUUCUGUUGAUGGAGGAUGAGCGGGAUUGGGGGCCAAAACCUUUUAGGUUUAUCAAUGCAUGGGCAUCUCACCCUCAAUUCAAGAAUGAAGUAAAAAAGGUCUGGGAGGGGGCUCAGCUUUUGGGUUAUCCUAGUUACAAACUCAUGCAUAAAUUGAGAAUUUUGAGAGCACAUCUGAGAAUGUGGAACAAGGAGGUAUUUGGUAAUAUUGAUGAUCAACUGAAAAAGGUUGCUGAGGAACUUCAUGAAUGGACUUGA